UCUGCUAGCAGGAGCCGUGAGUGUUCGGUGUUGAACUGUCUGUGCUGUAACAUGCAGAGGUACGCGGAUCGCGUUGCCCUGGUGACGGGCGCCAGCUCCGGCAUAGGAGCCGCCAUCACGCAGGAGCUGCUCAGGAAGGGACUCACUGUCGUCGGCCUGGCGCGGAGGGUCGACAGGGUCAAGGCGUUGGAAUUGCCAGAUGCUCCAGGGAAGUUGCAUGCCAUACAAGGGGACGUCACUGAUGAAGACAGUAUUCUCGCAGCCUUCAAGUGGAUAAAGGAUAACUUGUCGGGUGUUGACGUCUUGGUCAAUAACGCUGGUAUCAUAGAAGAGAGCGAGCUGACAUCUGCACCUACGGAUUUGUGGAGACGCGUCCUGGACGUGAAUGUGCUGGGUCUGAGCAUCUGCACCAGAGAAGCAGUGCAGGACAUGUUGGCCAGAGGUGUCGACGACGGCUUCAUCAUCCACAUCAGCAGCUUGGCUGCUCACUCUCCGCCGUACAACAGCGACCUGGCGAUGUAUUACGCAAGCAAACACGCCGUCAAUACGCUGCUGGAAGGCUUACGCAAAGAUCUGGUCGCCAGGGGCAGCAAGAUACGCGUUGGGGCAGUUUCUCCUGGGCUGGCGAAGACAGAAAUUUUCUCUCAUUCCAAGAAAAUAACACCAGACAUCUUCGACAUAGCACCUUGCCUUGAAGCAGAGGAUGUUGCAAAUGCUGUAGUUUACAUGUUGUCUCAACAUCCACGUGUACAGGUUCAUGAUAUUAUCCUUAAUGCUACUGGUACACAAUAGUUGAGGCAGCAUCUCUUUUUGAAAAUUUCCUUGGUAACAAAAGAAGCAUAGUAAAGGAACUUUGGUCAACAAAAUUAUUUGUAUCCUGUGCUUAUUGUUUUGGCUAUGUUAAAGACCUUAAGCUUUUUAUCACUUCAUCCCUGUCUGGCAUCCUCACGGAAACACAAGUUAUACUGUACCAUGGAAAGUCUCAAUGUACAUGAUACUUGGUAAUUAAAAUGAUAUCCUAGUUGUUCCCACUGUACUAUAGAAUUUACUAGAGUACAUUGGUCCUGAGCACAACUUGUAAUUUAAGUAAUUAGUAUGGACCAAUGUCAAAAAUGCCAGUGAAGUCAGGAACUGCUAACUACUGUAAAUAUACCAUAAAUUCUAUUAAUAAAAUA